AGCCCCGGAGUCCAGACAUAUUCUAUACUCACUCGUGCUCUCAUACUUGCACACACAUUACUUCUAAACACACAAACUCGAACCAGAGUUGAAUAUUCUACAUCGUCGGCUAAAGGAGCAUGUGACCACAUUCAGCAGUCAAUUUUAAGAACCAACGAGAAGCUUCCAGGUCAUUCUAUUUUUCGGUACUCCCCCAAUACUCUACCUUGUUACAUCCUUUCUCCUUAAAUAAGGAAGGAAGUUAUUAUCAACCACAAAAGAAAGGGAACAAGAUUCAAUCCGACCUAAGAAGGAUCAGCCAACAUUCCUUUGGUAUGUGAUCACAGAUAAACACAUUAUAGAAAUGGAAUUCAAAAAACGAACAAGAUUAAUAACAAGGCCAACAGUAGAACAAAUAAAGCAAUGCCCCAAAUGGCAUACCCGGAUGCAGUGGCUGGAGACCCAGUUCCUGUCUCUGGAAACCUAAAUUCAGUUCCAAAAUCCUUAGAUAGCUGCAAGGUCUGUGCAAAUGCCUGGUAUUUACAAAUGUCAGCAUCGCUUACGCUUCUACGAGCAUACUUAAAUUUUAAGGGAGGACAAUGGGAAGACAGCAAAGGCUUACUUGGUAAAUUAUUCCCUAAUUGGAGGCAGAAUUUUGCAGGGAGAUAAAGAUGAAGUUCUCAUGUAUUUGGAAAGAAUUAAAGAAAGUAAUCAGUACCUU